AUGAGCGAGAUCUAUGGAGUUCAGUCCAACAUCCCGAGCACGUUCGAUGCGGGCAUUGUCGCGGGAUCCUACUUUGCAAGUCUAUGCGGCUGCAUACUUACGAUUGAGAUCUUGCAUCGGCGAGGGACGGCAUUGAGGAAUUGGCGGAGCUGUCUUGCAUGCGCAAUAUCCAUGGGCCUGGUUGGAAUCUGGUGCAUGCACUUCAUCGGCAACCGUGCUAUCGUUCUCGGCAAUGGAGAUCCCUCAAUUCAGCUCGUCUACGCAUCAAACUGGACUGUCCUGUCAGUCUUCUUGCCUGUCAUCGGCCUGACUAUUGCGUUUUCUGCGGCCGAGUUCUCCAAUAUCUCGACCGUGCUGCACUGGAUUGCACUCACCUGCACUGGUGUGAUCGCCGGUCUGGCAGUUGUUUCUAUGCACUACCUGGGAAACAAGGGAAUCACGAACUACGUUCUGAAUUACCAUGCGAAGUUCCUCGUGGCCUCGGUCGUUAUAUCGAUCGGGGAUUGCUGGCUUGUUUUGCUAUUAUUCUAUCGACUGCGCGAAAGAUGGAUUUCAUCGUGGUGGAAAAGACUUCUGUGUGCCGCACUUCUUGCGGGUGGUGUCUCCGCCAUGCAUUUCACAGCGUCCACCAGUUGCGAAUAUAAGCUACUACGUUACAACGACGCUGCCGAUCUGCGAGCUCGAGAGACACAAGUACUCAUCGCAGCAGCACUCUGUGGAGCAGCAGCAGUACUGAUCGUCAUCAUCCUUCUGGUAGCUCGCCGGCGGGAUCAAAUCGUGCGGCGGAGGUCCCAAAAGGUCAUGCUGGCGUGCGUCAUGUUUGACCCAGAUGGAAGAGUGCUUGUAACGACAGACGGGGUUCUUCCUUCACGCGAGAUUACCGACAAGUACAACCAUCGUACCUUCAACGAUGACUUCGAUACUGCCCAUCCAGUCUUUCUCUGGAUCUACCGUGUGACCCACAACUGGGCCAGUGUGGUCGACCUGAUUCCCAGAAUGAGAAGCCAUCUCCACGCCCAGGCCGAUAGUAUCGGGGACGACUCCCGACCCAUCAGCUCUCCAGCCAGCGCCAUCUACGAUGCCGAUACUUAUAACGACUACGAAAUACUCUUCCGCGAACGCUUCUGCACCGCCGCCGCUUCGAUAGCAUCGACGAUCCACUUCCGACUCGACCAACUUGGCGUUCUCUACGAUCAGAUCAUCCAGACAGGGACGCUCCGAAUCGAACCUCAUCACAAGAUUUGCAUUCACAAGAACCUCUCUCUGUUCGGUAAAGGCCAACUCAUGUUCAUUACUCGGACACUGAACGCGGAAGAGACUCACAGACUACUGAACGGUGGCUUCAGAUUUGCCUACGUGGAGCAUGUUGGGCGGAACAUUGCACAUGCUAUGCAAAUUCCCCUUGCGACUCUCAUUGGACACUUCGCUGGACUCAAGCGAUACGUCUCGACGAAGAGAGGAAUCGCCGACAAGCCAGGCACCUGGCUGACAAUCUUCGCCAUGUCGCCCAAGACAGCAGGUAAAGGAUUCGACGUGGUUGUCAAGAAAGAUGCAAGAGAUUUGCUACCAGAUGUCCCGCUC